GCAGAACCCCGAGUGAAAUGAAACGCCCUAUUGCAGAAUGACACUUGGAUGUCACCCCGGCGAACCCUGCCAAGCUGAAUACGAAGCUCCUAACGCUCAGGAAGUGGAAUUUGUGGUUUUGGGGGCUGAGCUCUGAAGGAGUUGAGAGAAAAAAAAGGGCAAAGUCAGACACCAGCUCUCCUUAAGGGAGGCUAAAUUUAAAGUCACCUAAACUAGCAGCCUGUGUGUCACAAAGCUGUCUGCAGCCACGCUUCCAAAUGCGAGGAGAACAGUUAAUAACAGCCCGGCCACUGGGAGCGGGGAGAGAAAAUGAAACGAAAGCACGUGGCGAAUAAUAACCAUAAUGGCCCAAAGAGAAAACGGAGCCCGAAAUAUAACAGGCUGCUGGAAAGCGAGGCCUGCGCCCUCGCCGCAUCACUGACUGACCUCAGAACAGGCUCGGAGCCUGACAUCUGUGUGCCUGAAAAGCCCGAGCGCCAGCAUCACUGGGGAAUGUGGGUCUCGCUGUGAUUUCCUGGCGCAGAGGGAGAGAACUGCUCUGCUGUUGGUUAAACGCUCCCUGAGUUCCUGCCAUAUGUUUCACUUCCUUACGGGUGGGUCGAAUAAUGCCAGGUGGGUUUGGGAAACCGCGUUCCCACAUUUACUGGCUGGGAUUAUCUGCCAUCUCGGAAAAUUUGGCCUUGGCUUUCAGCAGGGAGCGCAGAUUUAAGCAGCAGCCAGAACUGAGAUAAGGAAACCGAUUUGUCUUGUUCAGAGAAAGCAGCGAGUUACUGUAACAAACUGGAAUCAGGCAACGAAGUAACUUUCCUUUCCAAUGGUGUGUGGAAGGAGUGCGCGGGAAGACAAGAAGGGCAGUGUGGACAGCCCUGCGCGCGCACACGUGUUGGAGCGCACGCAAGGAGCGAAGCUGGGGGGUGCUACCCAUCGCACAGACGUCCCCAAGCUUUUGGAGGGAAAAAAAAACCAGAAGUUGAGAUUUUUAAAGUGUUUGAAAUAUUUUUGAGGCCCCAUCGGCGGCGGUGUUAGCGAAUCAAUACAGGGCAGGCUCCUGUGGCUCAUGAUAAAUAUGUCAACAAAUUUAUCAAGCCACUUUGAUUUUUAUCCCCUUCCUUUCACAGUUAACAGUGCCUCUUUCUCAAGGAUGAAUUAAGGAACAGGUGGAACAGGAGAGAAACUCUCCCACCAGUUUCUAGCAAACAGAGCGAUCUGAAAAUACUGUAGCGAAGAGAACAGCUGCUUUUCGGGCGAUCCUGUCAAGAGAACCUCGAUUUUAAUGUACAGGGGGUUAAAAAUGAUCCCACUGAAUAACAUUUACUAUAUUUGUUUACAUCUUUUCGAUGGCAAAAAAUGAACGAGGCGGAAUAAAUAUUAAAACACCUGCGUGAGCAAUGAACGGCAAUCGAUUGCUGAUACUGUAAAUUACAGAGCUGCCAGCUGAAAAAAAUCUGCAGCAAUUGAUUGGUUCCCCUCUGGGCCCGGCCCUGCGAGGGUAAAUGAAAUCAGACAAGACCUCUUUUAGCUGUUCAUAACAAACUGACGCCAUUAGAGGAAAACCAAACCCAGAUUAAAUUCAAUGCCGCGUGCGUGACAAGAUCCAGCGUCUUCCUUUCUUGCCUCGUAGAAAGCGCAGUUGGCUCUUUACCCCAGGAGUGGUGAGCCGGUGCUGGCAAAGGACAAACCCGCAUUAGAGCUCAGACAUGGGGUAUUUCUCUUUGCAAAGUGCCGAGUACGGGUGUUGUGGUAGCCCAGUUCUGAGGCUCUAUGUGACAGAGCCGAUCUCAAUAGCACACCUGUCUGUUCGUUAAACCCCUGGCUCCGGAGACCCCAAAGGAAACCUGUAAACAGAUUUUCUCCCCCAGGUGUCUUUUCGAUUCAAGUGUGUGGAGAGAUCUCGGGUUUUCAUGUUACAGUUAAAAUGUUUUUACGAUUUUAUAUAUUUGUUAAGUUUAUUCAGCCGUGGAUAUUUGAACUAGGACAGGGAUGUACCACGAUACUCCAACAUGGAUAACUCUCAGAUUUUGGAUUUUGUUUGUAGAUUUAAUUAUACUCCCUCCCCCCAAGCAAAUUAAUCCCAUUCAUACUGAUGUCGCCGAAAACCCUUUAGCAGACAGUCUCUGGUGUCGUUCAUACGUGUCCAGUUUACAUGCAAUUGUUACAUCGUUUCAGAAAGCAUGUUGUCUCCGAGGCGGCUAAGCUUUGCUGAUGAUUUGUAGCUCUUUGAUCUAAUCCAAAUAUGAAGAGACCGUCCACACCGAAUCUUAUCUGGCGGGGACUGUUAACUGAGUAGGGGGAAGGGUAAAUGAACACCGGUGAUCUCACUAAAUUAUGCAGAGAUCAGACAGCAGGUUGAAGGCUGCUGCUCUCCUGACUUCCCAGUAGCAGCAGACAGCAGGCGCGUAGCUGGCAUUUCUUUCCUGAUGUGCUUGAAAAAACUUUCCCUCUCCCAGUACUCAAUAUCCAGGAUCCUCCUUGGACUGAUGUGCAGCAGGACAGAGCAAGACACCGCUAUUUUCUGUUUGCAAUUUAGCCCCCACAAAAUCAAUCUGAUACAAGCUAUUGCUUGAGAGUCUCUUAGAGGGAAGAGCCUGAAAUAACCCAUAUUGUUCCUGCGCCGCUGAUGAGCUUUAAAAAUGUUUACAGCCAUGCAAAUUAUGAAAACAUUAAACUAUUGUAACUGAGAUAUCUCGCAAAAGUUUGGUCAGAAAUCAGUUUGUCGAGCUAUUUGUUAUUAUUAGCAGUCUCGGGGGGAAUGAGCACACAGUGAUAUUUGUGAGGCCUUUCAAUCUCUUGGGUGAGUGAAGAACUGACUCAGUUUCACCUAGGUAAAUUGGCACACGAAAUGAUCCGCCUCGUUUGCACUGCCUGGGCAGAUUGCUCCUGUGUGAGCUCUCCAAGGUGAGGAUGGUGCAAAAGGCGGCUAGCGUGUUAUUUCUCCCCGUCUGUUUGAUGUCUGUUGCUCAACAAGCUGCAAGCAGCCCCUCUCCCGCCUGCCCACCCUCCUGAUGAAAGAUAGGAGGGGAGGACUGCGUAACGCCCUUUGGAGUAAUAACAGAGUGAACGAGCAGUGUAGCUUCUUCGCAGAGCUGCGGGUCUGAUUUUCCAGCUGGUUGGAGACACCUAAGAAACGACCCCCGCACCCCCAGCCGAUAGCCCCAUUUGUGGCUGAUGUGUCUGGAGAUGCGUUGUUUUGAAACCACCUGUCUGAAUGCCACCUGGUGAACGAAGCCGUCCUAGCACAUGCAAGGCUGGGGAUUUAAGGCGAUUCACGGGUGGCGCUGCUAGUGAUUUGGGGUGUCCAGGGCGCAGACACAGGCGCGGAGAGUGACAGGCGCCUCGCAGGAUCAGGAGCAGCCUCACCAUGCCGAGGUCUUUCCUGGUGAAGAGUAAGAAGGCGCACAGCUACCACCAGCCCCGCUGUCCGGACGAGGACUGCAGCCUGCGCCUGGAAAGCCUGCUGGCUCAGAUCUGUGCAGACAGUAAGAUCCCGGCAGAGACGGGUCUGUGCAGUUCCGGCCUCCGGGACCCGGAGCCCCCCCGGGGCCGCGCCUCCCCGGAAUCCCACCUGAGCGAGGCCGUGGAUCGCGCUUCAGACUCGGCUCCCAGCUGCGAGGACAGCGUCUGCGACCGAGCGUCGGAGUUCGAGGACUUCUGGAGACCCCCGUCCCCGUCCGUGUCGCCAGCAUCUGAGCGUUCUGUCUGCCCCUCCCUGGAUGAGGCGCCUCCAUUCUCAGUGCCCUUCAAGCCAUAUGCAUGGAGCACCCUGGGCAGCUCUGAGCUGAGGCAUUUGGUGCAGAACUACAGACCCUGCCCAACCCUGGAGCGUAGCUCAGCCCUGGGGCUCUUCUGUGAGCGGAGCUCGGAGUCUGCCCUCUUUGGUGCAGACUGUGGCUCAGCCCUGAGACUUUAUAGUGACUUCAGCUCCCCUGGGCCGGGACUCUUCGAGCGGCCAUCAGCAGCAACACCUGGCCUCUAUGCAGAGGCCCAGCCUGGGCUGCAGCAGGAGAAAGGCCCAGGUGGGAUCAAGGUGGAGUCAGAGCUUCUGUGCCGCCCACUGCUGAUCAGCACUGGCUCCUACAAGUGCGUCAAGUGCAGCAAGGUCUUCUCCACCCCACAUGGCCUGGAGGUGCAUGUACGCCGCUCGCACAGCGGCACCAGACCCUUCGCCUGUGACAUGUGUGGCAAGACCUUUGGCCAUGCAGUCAGCCUGGAGCAGCACAAGACUGUGCACUCCCAGGAACGCAGCUUUGAUUGUAAGAUCUGCGGCAAGAGCUUUAAGAGAUCUUCCACCCUUUCCACCCACCUGCUCAUCCACUCGGACACCCGACCCUACCCCUGUCAGUACUGUGGGAAACGGUUCCACCAGAAAUCUGACAUGAAGAAACACACUUUCAUUCACACAGGUGAGAAGCCCCACAAGUGCCAGGUGUGUGGAAAAGCCUUCAGCCAGAGCUCCAACCUCAUCACCCAUAGUCGUAAGCACACUGGCUUCAAGCCCUUUGGCUGCGAUCUGUGUGGCAAAGGCUUCCAGAGGAAGGUGGAUUUAAGGAGACAUCGGGAGACACAACAUGGUCUGAAAUGAGACCGAGCUGCGAUACAGAAAGCACCUACAACACUAUGUGAAGAGACUCCCUUGCUUCCCUGAAGGCCCUGAGUCAUGCCCUUUAGCACAGACCCUGGCAUUACUUUUUGGGGAAGGAUCUCAGGGAGGAUAGGAUGGGACACAGCUUUGAAAGUUCAACCAGAAGGACUCUGAAAGUGGAUCUGAAAGGCUGGGCUUUCUCUCUCACAACACUGGAAAAUAAAUGUUUCCAUCUGAAACCUGAAGCUCCAAGUGUGGAUAAGCUAGAAAAUAUCGGUGAGCUGGCAAGUCCUUCACCCACGGCAAAGAUGAAUUCCUUCAUCUUUUUAUUUUUGAAAUUAACUUGCAGGGAAACAGAGUUUACAUGAUAAACACACUGAGCUGUUAGGUAAUGUUAUGAAAAGUGCUUGCUUUUGUUGAAUUUAACUGUUAAAUAGCUUUAUGGAUCAGUCUCUGUCUGGAGGGCUUGUAGUGGAGGAGCUGGACUGAUAUCUUGCAGCUUUCAGCACCAAGGAAUCAGUUUGGGCUUGGUUCUGAUCUCACUUACACGGGUGUAAAUCGGGACUUACACUGCUGUAAAACUAGUGUGAGAAGAGAGUCAGGUCCUUGUCUCCUGUCCUUCCAGCUCUCUGUAUAGACAAGGCCUGGUUGGGUGAGUGUAUGUGUGUGUGUGUGUUAGGAGUGGGGUUGCUUAUCUGAAAAGGUUGGGAUUUUGCUCUACAUCAGUUGGGGAAGGAGAAGCCUAUGAAGGACUCAAAAGGAAAAGCCAAAGCACAGAGUAAUGCCUUAUAACUAGGAACUCCUGAGAACAACUGAUUGCCCCUGACUGAAAAGAACAGGACCAAAUAGCGGGCACAGGCUUUCUGUCCAAAUGACCAUCAGCACCAGCACUCUGCGUUUGAUUAUAAAUAACUGGGAAGUAGCUAACAAGUUACUGAUAGACUUGUUUGUAUAUUAAGGGUUUUUAUUUUUAUUUUUAAAUACUGCCAUGCCGAGGCUGGGCAGGAAUAAUUAUGAAAGUGUAAUUGAUUGAAUUUGCCUUAAAUGACCCUGUGUGUACCUCAGUGGGAAAAUAUGCUGUUUUUACUGUGUUGGCAGGAUUGUAAAUGUCUUUAUUUAGAUUUUAUGGAGUGUCUUAUGUUUAUUGGUACAUAUUUAUUGGAAUAAUGUUUUAAAUUAAUAAAGUAUUGAGGAUC